UUUUCAGAAGAGAAAUGCUCCUAGUUUUGCUAUCCCUCAUCACGUUGUGCUCUUUGCGCCAUUCAGUUCCAACUAACAAGACGAGCCAGCUUCAUCAUUUCGAAAUAAAUCACCCAGAUGGUAUCAAUGCAAUAUUUGAUCUACUUCCAAAAGUCUGCAAGAAAAACGGUCAUUCCUACAAAGUGGGCGAGGAAUUCGACGUCGGAAAUCUCCGUUACACGUGUCAACAAUUCGGUGUCUACGUCAUCGCCGGAUGUCGAACUCAUCUGGGAAGAGCACUGGAGCUGGGUGAUAUUUUGGUGCAUGAUCACGUGAAAUUCCAUUGUUUGGCACAUGGAACUUCUGUUUUUUAUCGAGAAACUGCGUGUGGCGGGAAGGGAGAAAUCGAUUGUGAUAUGGUACCACUGCCACGUGGAUAUGAACAAGUUGUGCAGAAUGAGCAUCUAGAAACAACAGAGCUUCCAAAAGAGCACUCAACUCAUAUAAAUGGAAAAGAGCUGCCAAAAGGAUGGGUUCUUGUGCACGGAGGAAAAGUGAACGAAAAUUCGGAAAAUCAAAUGUCCACUCAUAUUUUGAUGUAUCAUCCACAGCUUCAUGGGCAUGUGAAGCAGAUGAAUUGAGAUUUGUUUUUUUCUUGAAUAAAAAUGAAUAAAAACAACAAUUU